AUGGGCUUCCAGAACGGCAUGCACAUCGCGAGCAAGCCGUCGGGUGUGACGCGAGGACAAGCAGAGCUGAGCCCGGUGGAGCUUCUGGUGGUUGGCUCUACAGCAGGUGUGGUUGCCAAGACCGUGACUGCUCCAUUGGAUCGCGUGCGUCUCAUUUACCAAGUUACACCCUCCAAAGUCUACAGCUUUCGUUGCGCGAUUGAGCUCGCCCAAGACAUUGCUCGACUUGCUGGCCCGCAGGGUUUAUGGUAUGGUCACAUGGCCACUGUCUACCGAGUAGUGCCCUUUGCAGGUGUUCAGUUCCUGAUGUUUGAAACCGUUCAGAAGCGCUUGGCGAAGAUGCCACAGGCCAAAACAUCGCCAUUUGCACCGUUUUGGAUUCCCGCUUGUGCUGGUGCAUCAGCGGCGGUGACUGCAACCAUCGCUACAUACCCGUUAGACGUCAUUCGAACGCGCAUUGCUGGCCACUUGGAGGCAGUGCCGCGGUACAGAAAUUAUUCUGCGGCGGUACAAGGCAUCAUUCAGAUUGAAGGCUUUCAAGGUCUGUUUCGGGGUUUAUCCCCAACACUGCUGGGCAUCGGCCCUUACGGUGCGCUGUCUUUCUCAGCCUUCGAGUUUUCGAAGGGAAAGCUGAGGCAAUGGCAUCGCGUGUCCAGCGAUGCAGAUGUGCCGUUGCAUCACUUGCUAGCAGCGGGAAGCCUCAGCGGUGCUUCAGCGCAGCUGCUGUCGUACCCGAUCCAGACUGUGCGGCGAAGAAUGCAGCUUCCAUACCCGGAGGAGCUUGGUGCGCAAGGGUCUCUGGCCUAUGCCAACAUCAGGGAGACGUUUCGACAAAUCCACACCACAGAAGGGUUCGUGGCCUUAUACCGAGGCGCCUCCAUCGUUUGGCUGAAGGGACCCUUGACGGUUGGCUUGGCCUUUGGCGUCAAUGACGUGCUCAAGGGUGGCUUGUCUCCGAAGGAACGGCCCAGCGAGUUUAUGAUUGAGAUUGGGCUCAGUGCAGUUGAGAGCUUGGUCGUCGGCGGGGCCGCCGGCGCGGUGGUCGCUGGGUUCUUUGAGGGCUUCGGGGAACCCGCAUACGAGUUAUGUGGCAACGGAGCAGAAGAUAGAGUUAAGAUAAUCUACCAGACGGACAAGACGCGUGCCUUCUCCUGGCGUGAUGUCAUCUACAGACUGAAAGAGAUCCAUGGCUCAGAAGGCGUUCCUGGGCUCUGGCGAGGGCAUGGCGCAACUCUGCUCCGUGUGGUGCCAUACUCCGCGACCAGCUUCACGGUCUUUGAACCUUACAAGGCGUGGCUGCGGUACACAGCGCCAGACCUUGGGGAUGUGCAG